CAAAAACGUGGCCAUCAUAUCAUAUUCCAAAUUCCAUUUUCCAUUUUCUUAGCCCAUAAACGUGCCAACCAAGUUGAGAAAGGAAAUAAUUAUUUUAUUUCCAACAGAUAUGGGAUCUAAUAGGAUUUGUGGAUUGUAAAACAUGUCACUGCACGAAAUUGGUUUUUGGAUUUUAAUCUUAAACAUUUACCAACGACUUUGUAAUAGCGAGUCUAUUGUCUCACAAUCCGUAAUGAGUAUUCACACAAUUUUAGUUAUUCACGCAUAUAUAUUGUUAUUUAUUCUCGUUAUUAUAAAAUUAUUUUAAAAUUUGUAAAAUAUAUCAGAACGGAUGUCAUUGUGUAUAUUAUGAUCAAUCAACCCAUUUUUAUUUCCAUAUAAUAUGGCCAAUGUAAAAUUAUUAGGGAAAAAUAAAAUAAAAUAGUUUGAGAUUACACUUACAAAAUUAAUCAUAAUUCUUAGCGUGAAUGAAUUGUGAUUUUUUUUUUAAACAACAAACCUUUUUCCUAAAGCAUAAACUCUGCCCAAACACAUCUUAGCCGGCUUUAUCUGUUCUGCUUGGAUGUCUUUCUCCAACUUCUGUUAAACUUGGCGCUUUUCGUUUGUCCUUUGAUCUUGUACAGCUAGCCAACCAUGGGUUUAACAACCCUUUUUUCGUUUCUUUCUUUCGUCCCCUUGGAUUGAUCUACAUGUUUCAUCUCCAGGAUUUUGCCGCUAUCCAUGUUUUUUUCCUUUUCCCUCUGUUUUUGCCGCAUGAUAGGGGAAUUUCUACGCAAUGAUUUCAUCAAAGGAAUAUGCGAUACAACCUCCACAGGAGCUAUAAAUGCAGGUAGAAGGAACUCAAGGUGGCCCAAAACACACACCACUUUGCUUUAGCCAACACAACAAUAACAAUGGGUUCCGAAUCUUCUCCCAAGCUGCCCUUCUUAGAUUUCUCCAAGCUCGAACUGAGCAGCGUGGGAAGUUCAGAGUGGGAAUCCUUGAAAUCUCAAGUUCGCGAGGCGUUGGAGGAGUAUGGCUGCUUCGAGGCGUCUUACGAUAAGAUUCCUUCCGACCUUCGCAACGCCUUCUUCGGAUCCAUGGAAGAAAUUUUCGAGCUUCCUUUGGAGACCAAGCUGCGGAAUGUGUCCGACAAGCCGUACCAUGGUUACAUCGGAAAUCAUCCUAGUUUUCGGCUGUACGAGAGCUUGGGGAUAGAUGAUGUCGCGGUGACUGAAAAGGUUGAAGCUUUUGCCAACUUGAUGUGGCCUCAAGGAAACCCAAAUUUCAGCAAACAAACCCACUCCUUGGUGGAGCAACUUUCAACAUUGGACAUGACAGUCAAAAAAAUGAUCGCUGAAAGUUUUGGGCUUCAAAAAUAUAUGGACGAACACAUCAACUCCACAGGUUACCUCCUGCGGAUCAUGAAGUACAAUGGUCCUAACACCACUGAUACUGAAGUUGGAGCUAAUUCACACACAGAUAAGAAUUCACUGACCAUAUUGCAUCAAAAUCAAGUUGAGGGGCUGGAAGUGCAAACCAAAGAUGGCAGUUGGAUCAAAUUCCAACCCUCUACUCCAAACUCUUUCAUCAUUAUGGUUGCUGACAGUCUUAGUGCUUGGUUGAAUGGUCGACUUCAUUCACCAUAUCAUCGAGUUAUGAUGUCGGGAAAUGAAGCGAGAUAUUCUUUGGGUCUAUUCUCUUACCCAAAAGCGGAUUACCUUAUAAAAGUCCCAGAAGAAUUGGUUGAUGAACAACACCCCUUGCUGUUCAAGCCCUUCUAUCAUAAGGAGCUUCUUUCAUUUUUCUACACUGAAGUUGGCCAAGCAGCCCCUUCUGCUUUGCACGCAUUUUGCGGUGUAUAAAGAUUAACUUUUCAUAUUGCUGGUGUGCUCCUACGUUUUACCCUUUCGGAAUUGUGAUAUGAGUGCUAAUCUAAUACAAAAAACUAUGCAAUAAACAAAAACUAGUAUGUUAUGUCAAGUUGGCAAAUACGUUUAUUUCAAAAUAAAUGUAAUGCGAGACUGCCUUGAAUUGUGUGUUCAUCGCUACUCAUUCCUUUAUUUGCCUUCUGCCGAAGAGAGACACGGUUGAGGAUGUUAAAGACCUUCGCCCUAUUAGUUUGAUGGGUAGCUUGAACAAAAUUAUUAGCAAGAUCCUUGCCCGCCGGAUCAGCAAGGUUCUCCCGAAGCUUGUCUGGCAAAACCAGCAUGCUUCGGUUAGAGGAAGGCAAAUUUCGUAAGCAGGUCUUAUUGCUUUCGAGCUCCUGGAUAGUCGUAAGAAAAGCGGCAAGCCUGGCCUUAUGUUCAAGUUAGAUAUCGAGAAAGCAUUCGACAAUGUGAGCUGGGAUUUCCUUUUCAAGGUUCUGGAUGCACUUGGGUUCCCGCAGAAGUGGAAGGAUUGGAUCCGAGGGACUAUGUGCUCCCCGAUGGUCUCUACUCUUAUCAAUGGCGAGGGGAAAGGUUUUUCAAACCACAAAAGGGUUUGCGCCAAGGGGAUUCCCUCUCACCCGGCUUGUUCACUCUCAUCAUGGACAUUCUCUCAUUCAUGUUGGAUAAACUUAAGGCUGAAGGAAGGAUUUUGGGGUUCUGUAUGGAUGAAAGAGGCGGGAAAGGAGAGGUUACUCACCUGUUGUUUACAGACGAUACUUUUAUUUUCUGCGAAGCCUCCCAUGAUCAAGUUCUGAAUAUCCUUGCAACCUUAGUUUGUUUCCAAGCUUUUACUGGCCUUCAAAUCAACUUAGAAGCAAGUCCAUGCCCAAAGCCCCCCAUUGCAUGCCAAACAUGAAUGGCAAACAAGAAGGUAUGAAUAAGACAUCUCGACACACACAACCAAUCAUGGUCCUAUAAAGAAUCAAGGGUUGUUAUGUGUUAAGUGUAAAAACCAUGAAGACAUGGGUUUUCGAAAGAGUCAAGUUGGCCACAAGGGUGGUCGUCAACUCUGUAAGUCCAAACACCCGUCUUCUCAACCAUAUGGGAAGAGUAAUCAUGUGUCAAGUUGGGGUAAACUAAGACAGAUAACAACUCUUGGCCCCUUUGAUGAGUCGAAGGAGUUGAAAAUGUCUAGUGCACCACCCAUGACGAAACAAAAACAUCGGGUUAAACAUCAACCCAACAUGUCAAGUAAGGUGGCCAAGGCAGUGGAUCAUGGGACCCCUUGCAAGCUCACUAUGACAGGGCAAGUUGAGAGGGUGCCAUCCAUUGUUAAGUUGGAAAAUUUGAAACCAACACCGAAUGAGUUGUUUCCCCUAACGGAGGGAAGACAAGUAGUGUAUGGAUCAUUGGUCUGGUUUAACCCAUGGACUUGGCAGUGGCUGUACACCUUUGGCACGUUGGUGGGUGCCAAAGGGCAUGGAUAUUAGUGACGUUUGUCACUCUCUUCUACAUUUAAAUAAAUAAAUAAAAAAAAUAUUAAUAAUAAAAAGAGAAACGAAAAAUCAAAAGCCAAUCAUGGCUAAAAAAUACGAGGUCGAAGUGUCAAGUUUUAGUUAGAUUUGUGAUGCGAGAACCUUGUCAUAAAUGAUAAGCCACACUCAUGUGGUGGCUGGAUCCAUGCCAUUUACAUGGCAUGAGCAGGUGAUUCGCUGCCGGUGUAGACCCUUUAUUGUCCAGGCCACCGGUCCAAGGAGGCCUUCUUAUCGUAAGAGGAUGGGAUGCUACAUGAUCGAUUAAUCGAUGGCAAGUAUCUCAAGCCUUAUGUCCCUUCUCUUUGGGACGUGAGGUAUCAAGGGGUUCAAUGUUGGGCGGCCACCAUGGUGGUCGGCAUGCCAAGCCUCCCACACCCUAAGACAUGGCAUGAUACCUCGUGAUAAAGCAUGGCUUGAGUA